UUCAUCGUCGUCGGCAGUCGUUGACAGGUCGUUGUUCCGACCGUUGUUUGGCUGCUGCUGCUACGUGGACGGAACCAUUUUGACCUCUUCGAUUCCGCCGAACACGGGAACGGAACGGAAAGGGAACGGAGAGCGAUUAACAAGUGCAAAGUCAGCGAACAGCCGUCAAACCGUCGUGGCACAUCAGCUUCCUCAAGAUGUCACAACCGGUGAUGUUACUUCUGCUGCUUCCUCUACUACUCACAAUGGGCGAUUCGAAGAUGCUCAUCGAACGCCAUUUGCGCCCCUCACCAGAAGCGUACCAUCGGCAUCGGGAACAGUUUGUACAGAAAGAGACCAACCUGGCGCUCGGUGCUGACAUCCAGCUUACCGCCAACGAAACCCUCGUCAAUGAGUAUCUGAUGUCGUUGAAGCGCGCCGAACUGGCGGAAGGUUUCGCCGAUCCGUACCAGUUCGUACCGGCUCGCCAUUUCUUCCAGGUGCUGGACAAGAUCAAUGCUUCCCCGCUGUACCAGCUGAUCCGCCGGAUGCCCAAGGGUGGAGUGUUACACGCACACGAUACCGCACUGGCCGGUACGGAGGUGAUCGUUCAGCUAACCUACGAGCAGCAUCUCUGGCAACGCGGUACCUUUAACGGUUGGAAUGGUCCCGAGUUUCUGUUCUCUCGCAAUGCACCGACCGGUGCCGGUUGGGAGCUGGUACGGGAUGUGCGCGAACGGACCGGAGCGGAUCAGUAUGAUGAUGCCGUGCGGCAUCUGUUUACGCUGUACGAUGAGGAUCCCCUGAACACCUACAAAAGCAUCAAUGACGUUUGGUCGCGCUUUACGGCCAUGUUCUUCUCGUUUCAACCCAUCGUUACGUACCGGCCUGCCUGGGAGAUCUACUUCCGGGAGGCGCUGCGGCAGUUCUACGAAGAUAACGUCAUGUACCUGGAGUUCCGCGGUGUGCUACCAACGCUGUACGAUCUGGAUGACAAAACGUACACCCCGGAGGAGGUGGUCGAAAUGUAUAUUAACGUCACCGAGCAGUUUAAGGCGACGCAUCCCCAGUUUGCCGGUACAAAGUUCAUCUACGCGCCGCUCCGGAACGCCGACAAUCAGACGGCGGACCAGUACCUGACCAUUGCCGAACGGUUGCACCUGCAGUACGGUAGCUACGUCGUCGGGUUCGACCUGGUCGGUCAGGAGGAUUUGGGCCGCCCGCUGGUCGAGUUUGCCGACAUGCUGCUCACUCUGCCACCGACCAUCAACUUUGUGUUUCAUGCCGGCGAAACCAACUGGCACGGUAUGCAGACGGACGAAAACUUGAUCGAUGCAAUUCUGCUCGGCACCAAACGGAUCGGGCACGGUUACGCGCUCCAGAAGCACCCGCUACUGCUGGACGAGGUAAGACGGCGCCGGAUUUGUGUCGAAAUCAAUCCCGUUUCCAAUCAAGUGCUCAAACUGGUCGCCGACUACCGGAACCACCCGGCCAGCGUCCUCUUCACGACCGACUUCCCGCUCGUGAUAUCGUCGGACGAUCCAUCGUUCUGGCGAGCGACCCCGUUGAGCCACGAUUUCUAUAUUGCCUUCCUGGGAAUCGCCUCCGCGCACCAGGACCUACGGCUACUGAAGAAGCUCGCCCUCAACUCGCUCCACUACUCGCUGAUGGCGGACGGUGAGAAGGAGGCGGCCAUCGCAAAGUUCGAGCGCUCGUGGAGCGACUUCAUCGAGCUUACCGUGGAGCAGAUACAGGCGGCACAAAAUCGAUAGCUCGUCCCGGGGACACACACCGACCGACCGACCGACCGACCGGGUCACCGAGGUUUUUCGGCGAAACGCUUAAUCUUCGUCAAUAAUUCUUUCGAUUUGCGAACGGUGCGGCAAUAGGAUACGGCAAUAGCUUCGCCACCAACGGUGCCAUGCUGCUGUUCUGUCUUGUUCUGUUGCGAUGUUUCAUUCCACCUCAUCCCCUCAGAUUGAGUGUUCAUGUCGGUUUCUCACCCACAAAUGUUUCAAUAAACGUCCAUACAGAGCAGCAGCAGCAGCAGCAGUAGAUUGCUGUGCUGUGUUGUUUUGUGUCACCCGGUAGCAUCAUCUUUCCAAUAACCUAUUCCUGGAUUCGGGUUGAUUCUGGAAUUGAUCUUAAUGUUUCACAGAAAGCAAACAUCAAGGAGAGAACAAUAAUGUUUUAGAUUCCAAGAAGCCGGUCAAUCCUUCGUCGGUUUUGUGAGUUCAAUUUCAAUCGGAAAGACAGCGAUCAACAGCAAACCAUAGAUCAGAAGCAACACCCACUUCAAUCGCAAUCUUCUGGCGCGUCUUUCUCGCAUCUUCAGCCGUGCGUAAUUUGAUUCGCAAUCUCCAAUACUCCCAGUCCAGAACACAUGUACACAUGUACAUUUGUAUUUGUAUGUUGUUACAAGCGAUCGAGCUCGAGCACGUGGAUGGCCAUUGUUGAUGUUGAGUGUGAAAGGUUGUGUUCGGUCGGUCGGUCUUAUCUCCUUGUUACGACACCACCCCAAGCGUCGAUUCGGUUUGAAAUUCGUUGUCGAAACAGCGAACGGCGAAGUGCAAUCGGAGCAUUAUCGCAACCAACGUCCGACACACAGACACACGGCGGUGCCUGGCUAUUUUUAAACCGAGUGUUACGGACUGCCAGGGUGAUUGAUGUAUCCAACACAUCAUGGCGCGUGGGGGUGAAAUGAUAAAUAAAUAUGUUGGUAAAAA